GUGCAGUGCGAGCAGACGGACAGACAGGCAGUCAGACAGACAGGCUGAAUCUGCUGAUUGGAGCCAGACAUGCAGACUCUGUCUGAGCGGCUGCUCCUCCGUCUGGACUGAACCCUCCCUGCACACUCGCACAGCAGAAACCAGGAUCCCCCGGCAGGAGCAUGGAUUCACCAGAGAGGUGUGCCUGUCAUGCUCUGGGCUGAGGAGGAGAGCAGCUGAGGAGGAGGAGAUGGGCUGCACCUCCGCCAAGCAGGUGUCUGCCGUGCCCAACGAUGAGGAGGGCCAGAGUAAAGCCUACAGCAACGGGGACGUCGUCUCUGACGAGUACAAGGUGAAGGCGGUGGAGAAAGUCAAGUACAUCAGCGGAGAAGAGGCGGGGGAGGACGGCCACGACGGCUCCGAGAAGAGCGCGCUGCUCGGGACGGGACAAAACGUGGACGACCCAAGGUCAAAUGGAAAGAUUCUGAGCAUCCACUCCUCCGAGAGUCAGCAGGAGUUCUUCCGGAUGCUGGACGAGAAAAUUGAAAAGGGCCGGGACUACUGCUCAGAAGAGGAGGAUAUGACAUAACUCCAGCCGUCCCAGAAUGAAAGGGGACCGUCACUCCAGCGGUGCCGACGGAUCGGAGCACGUUCAGGGAGCGGCCACGUUUUGAUUAACCCCACGAGUACCUGUGAAGAGCAGUGUCCUGACUCCAAGCAAGCACCUUUUUGCUCUCCUAAUCAAGAUUACAACCUGAAACUAUUUUAAGAUCCUCCGAGGUGAGAAUGAGACCCGCGUUUAUGUCCUGACUGAAGCCGCCGCCGGGCCACAGCGGUGGGGACCUGGAACUGUCGGCAGGUGCCUGCUGGAGACGUGUGGAGGCUGCAGGCCGCUGCGGGCGGGAACCCCCUGCAGCAGCAGCCACAGCUCUCCGGUGGACUUUAACUAAGUGAAAACCUUCACCCGGGAAUGCUUCCCCGCCGGGCUGGAGGUCAGCGAAGGGAGACGGUGUGAACCUCUUUUCUACAGCGCGUGGGCCAGUGCCGCGCGUACGUCAGUCUGCGUCCGUUUCUGUUGAGAUUCAUGGGAUUUUUACGUUGAACAAGGCUCAGGGUUAAAGUGUUGUAAACUCCGUCUCAUGUAGUCUUUCCUGACUUUCAGACACCGCUGCACCAUGAAAGACACGUGCACUCGUACACACCGGGGCCACCGGGCCCCGAUUCAACAUCAGUUUCAUGUAAUCCAGCGAAUAGACACUGUAAUGCCACGUAUGAAUCUGAUCAUGUAUCCUAUUCACCAGUGUUAAAUCAUUGUGUUUCCAUGUGAUUUUUUUUUUUCUUUUAUUGAAAGAAAUAAAAGGGUUUUCAGGAAUUUA